UUAAUUAAUUAGGACGAAAUUAACAUGUGGGUAGCUCGAAAAAUCUAGUAUUUAAGGAGGGCCAGGUCGAGGCUUGAGACAGACAGAACCACAGAGCUAUAGCUUAUUAAUCACAGCUAUAGCACAAUUUAAGUAAGCAAAAUCCAAGAAAGAAAGAAUGAAGCCAUUUACUAGUCUCAUUCCUUCAUUUCUGUUGUUAAUAAUAUUUCAUGGGUUCUCUCGGACGGCCCACGCUGCCGGUGGCAAUUGGCAAGUGUUGGCAACCAUUGGCGUUUCUGCCAUGCACAUGCAGCUCUUAAAAAAUGACCGCAUCGUCCUGUUCGACCGCACAGACUUCGGCACAUCCAACUUGUCCUUGCCAAACGGUAAUUGCGUCAACAAUGACUGCACCGCCCACUCUGCCGAGUUCGUCGUCCAGACCAAAGCCUUCCGGCCCCUUACAGUCUUAUCCGACGUCUGGUGCUCCUCCGGCUCCAUGGCCCCCAACGGAAACUUAAUCCAAACCGGUGGCUUCAAUAGUGGAGAACGCCGCGUUAGAGUUUUCCAACCCUGCACGGGUUGUGAUUGGACGGAGGUUGUGGACGGCUUGGCGGUUCGCCGUUGGUACGCCACCAAUCAUGUUCUGCCCGAUGGACGCGAGAUUAUCAUCGGCGGCCGGGGACAAUUCAACUAUGAAUUUUAUCCGAAGACCGACUCUACAAGCAAUGUCUACAGCUUACCGUUCCUUUCGCAGACCAAUGACGCCGGCCAAGAAAACAAUCUAUACCCUUUUGUUUUUCUCAACCCUGAUGGCAACUUAUUUAUUUUCGCCAACAAUCGAGCUAUUUUGUUGGAUUACCUGAAGAACGUCAUCGUUAAAACCUACCCGCAAAUACCCGGCGGCGACCCGAGGUGUUACCCUAGCUCGGGUUCAGCCGUGUUGCUGCCGUUAAAAAACUUGACGGCUCCGUCUGUUGAGGCUGAGGUUUUGGUUUGUGGUGGAGCUCCAAAAGGAUCUUUUGUCCAGGCUAAUAAGGGUACUUUUGUGGAUGCUCUAAACACAUGUGCUCGGAUCAAAAUAACCGACCCUAAUCCACAGUGGAUUGUUGAAACUAUGCCUCAAGCUAGAGUCAUGGGUGACAUGUUAUUGCUCCCAGACAGCACUGUUUUACUCAUCAACGGUGCAUCGUCUGGGGUUGCAGGUUGGGAAAUUGGUCGUAACCCCGUUCUCAACCCAGUUGUGUACCGACCAGAUAAUGCAUUUGGGUCAAGGUUCGAACAACAAAACCCCACCACCAUACCGCGGAUGUACCAUUCCUCAGCAUUAUUGGUACGCGAUGGUAGAGUGAUCGUUGGAGGUAGUAACCCCCACGAUAAGUACCAAUUUGGCAGCAACGUGCUUUUUCCAACAGAAUUUAGAUUGGAGGCAUUUAGUCCUGAGUAUCUCGACGCCAAGUAUGCGGAUUUGCGUCCUACAAUCAUCAAUCCCCUAAACCAAGCCAAAAUCCAUUACGGAAGAAAAUUGACCGUUCAGUUCUCGCUUACGGGGACACUAGCAAUGAAUUCAGUGUUGGUGACGAUGGUGGCGCCGCCUUUUAGCACACAUUCGUUCUCCAUGAAUCAAAGGUUGUUGGUUCUUGGUGCAGAGAACGUACAAAAGGUAGGGCCAACAACGUAUCAAGCUCAAGUGACGACACCGCCUUCAGUAAAUCUUGCGCCUUCCGGAUAUUACAUUUUGUAUGUGGUUCAUCAGCAAAUACCAAGCGAGGGCAUCUUUGUUCAUAUUUACUGAGAACCUUGAAGUUACAUUUCAUUUCCAAAAUGAAGAAAACAUUUCAUUUCCAAAAUGAAGAAACAUAAAUGGUUAUCAGUUGAAAAAGAAAAUGUUCAUAUACACAGAUCAAGCUAGCUAAGAGUGCACAACUUGUCAGAUGUAAUUUCGAUCACAAUUUGCAAGUUGUACUUUCAAUUUCUUUUGUAGUUUGUUUCUUUUUUACCGAAAUUGUAAAGCUUGUGUUUAAACUG